CUGUCGUUGGGAAACAGUCAUUUGGCCUAAACUCACCUGAAGAUGAAACACUCCAUUCUCUAACACUGAUCAGACUCAUCAAGCUGAGAGCUUUACAUACAAGUACACAAGAAUACCACAAAUUUUAAUUGCUAAUCGAUUUAUACUUAAAUUCCGUCGUUAAUUUAAAUCUUCUGCAAAACCCUAAAGCUCUAUCGAAUUUCUGCAAGAAUGCCGGAAGUGAGGAUUAUAGCUAAAAAUUUUAUGGACAUGGUAGCCUCGUUGACCGCCAGGGACCUCGAUAAGCUCUACAACAAUCCCUUCAUUUGCGAAGCCAUUCUAAGGUCACUGCCCCCUCUCGCGAAGAAGUAUGUGUUAGAGAUGUUGUAUAUGGAUUCUGCGUUACCAGCAAAGUCGGUGGAGGAGUGGGUGCUUUCAGAUGGAUUCACCAAGCACAGAGUUGCCAUUGAUCGGUUGGUUCAGUUGAGAAUAUUUUCAGAGGAAAAGAAAAAGGAAACCAGUUACAAAUUAAAUCCAACUUUCCAGGCCAACCUUCGAAAGCAUUUGAUAUAUGGUGGAGCUUUGCCAAGGGAACCAAUGCCUUCAAAUAUUACUGUGAGGCUUCCAAGCUUGGAGGAACUUGAGGCUUAUGCCGUUGGACAGUGGGAGUGUUUCUUGCUGCAACUUAUUAGUUCCUCACAAGCUGAAAAGACAACAAAUUUCAGCUCUUCCAUGAUGAAGGUUUUUCAGCGAGGACUUUUGACUCAAAGGGAAAAAGAAUCCCCAAGAUUAACGGAGAGUGGCUUUCAAUUUUUGCUGAUGGAUACCAAUGCACAGCUCUGGUACAUUGUCAGAGAAUAUAUCUCUAAUUCUCAGGAACGAGGUGUCAGUCAAGCAGAUUUAAUUUCAUUUCUUCUAGAGCUUAGUUUUCAUGUUGCUGGUGAGGCAUAUAAUAUAAAUACGCUGAGCGAUCUACAGAGGAAUAUGAUCAAGGACUUUGCUGACUUGGGAUUGGUCAAACUUCAACAGGGCAGGAAAGAGAGUUGGUUUAUACCUACCAAAUUAGCUACCAAUCUUUCAGUGAGCUUGACUGAGUCAUCAUCACGGAAAGAGGGUUUUGUUGUUGUGGAAACAAACUUCAGGAUGUAUGCUUACUCAACAUCUAAGUUGCACUGUGAAAUUUUGCGCCUUUUCUCGAGGAUAGAGUAUCAACUUCCAAACCUUAUAGUGGGAGCAAUAACAAAGGAAAGUUUGUAUAAUGCUUUUGAGAAUGGCAUCACGGCAGAGCAAAUAAUUUCUUUUCUUCGGCAGAAUGCACAUUCUCGAGUUGCUGAUAAAGUUCCAUCAGUACCAGAGAAUGUAUCUGAUCAGAUAAGACUGUGGGAAUCAGAUCUGAAUCGGGUAGAGAUGACCCUUGCUUAUUUCUAUGAUGAAUUUCCUUCAAGGGAUGUCUUUGAAGCUGCUUGUGAAUAUGCACGAGAUCAUGGUGGUCUGCUAUGGGAGGAUUCAAAAAGAAUGCGUCUAUCAGUCAAGGCAGAAAUUCACAUGAACAUGCGAGAGUUUCUUCGGGGUCAAAGCAAGUAGACAACAUGUAUUCUUGUCCUAAAAAUGCAGAGCUCAGUGAACAAAAGGAGGUAACUUAAUUCAGGGUUUUUCUUGCCGGCAUGAUCUUUUGUUCAUGGAUUAAAGUCGAGAUGUCAAAGUUAUGCUUUCAGAAUUGCUGAAAAGAAUACAGGAAAAAAGGUCAAUAACGGUGUUUUUUUUUCUUUUCCUGGAAUCAGAGGGGUGGUUGUAAGGGGGUGUAGAAACUUGAUUCAAGUUUCAGAGUGAAAAUAAGAAAAUUUUAAACCGUCCACAGAUAGAAAAAUGUACAAAAAGAUAGAACUGAGGAAGACAACCAUUUUCAGGCACAAAGAAACAUGGAAACUGAUUUUGAAAGCAUUAAUAGCUGAAGUAACUGUUAAAAUUUUGUAACAAAUUCUUUUUCAUUAGCCUAUUUGCUAACAAGUUCUCUAUUAGAAGUUAGAACCUCA